UAGUAAGAUAAUCAGAGGAGCAGAAGUAUAAUUUUUCAAUUAAAGUCAUCAACGUUGUAUAGAUUGUGUGAAUUGAUUGAUGUUUAAUUGUAAUUAGAUUCUGAGAAUGUCUAGUGAAAGUGAUUUAAAAUGUGUAGGUCAGAAUUGAUAAAUAAUUAGUAAUUUGACUAUAAUCAAACGACACGAAUAGUGCUAGAAAGAGCUAGAAUAAAACGACACGUAGUGUAUAACGAAUCAGAAGAUGCUGCUGCCACGUCGAUUUUCUUCCGACAAGUGUCCUCGUGAAACAUCUUCUCUUCUCUAGAAUCUCCGAUAAUUCUUCCAUUGUCUUCUACACCGAUUCAUCCGUACCAAUUCUGAUCAUUUCUGAUUUUCUUUAUAUGUUUUCAUAAUCUAAAAUAUUAACCUAACUUCAGGAUUCAGACACAAGAACUUCAAAGCUGAGAAAAAUGGAACAAUCAAGAUUAGCUGCCACCGCAACCAGAUUUUACAGGGCUCUCUCUUUAGCCCGUCAGAACCAAGCUAACUCACGACGUCGUUUCGCUGCGGUUUCUUCAGGCCGGCCGGCUGAUCCGGCUGUUUUCUCCGAGGAACGAGACCGUGAAGUUCAACCUGCAGUUCCUACUGGAAAACCUGAAGAAAUGAAAGAAAAGUACGAGCCUGAAACAGCAACUAGAAAAACAGAAUCAAAUUCUGAAACAGAAGCAGAUUUCAGAAGAGUUUCAAGUACUAAAGGAUCGGAGCCACUAACACCACCCAAACCGCCGUAUUCUUCAUCUUAUAGACUUGAAAGUACUGGAGUAAAUAAUCUUUUCGAACCUCAAAUUCAACAAAAGCGCGAAAACUCAACCUCGAGUUUAAUAUUAGAAGAAACUAGCUGCGCAGGGCUUGACGGAACGCCCUGGCCGAAAGAGAACGAGCAGGAAGACGAUGAAAAAGAGUAUUAUAAGCAUCAUAAAGCCUCUCCGUUGUCGGAGAUCGAGAUUGCAGAUACUAGGAAGCCUAUAACAAGAGCAACUGAUGGCGGCGCUGGAGAUUCUGGAAUGGGCAGAGAGGUAGUUGGGUGGCUACCGGAGCAGCUUGAUACGGCUGAAGAGGCACUCCUUAGAGCUAGUAGGAUAUGGAGAGAAAAUGCUAUGCGUGGUGAUCCUGAUUCUCCACAUGGCCGGGUUCUCCGAACUCUUCGGGGAGAAUGGUUUUGAAACUUUAUGUAAUGGAUUUGGCUCUCUCGAUGGUAAAAUUGUGAAAUUAGUUUGAUACUUACGAAUGGGUGAAUAUUAGUUUGUAAUUUUUAUUUUCUGUAAAAAUGAUGGACAAGAUGUUGAUGGCUAAUCGAUCUGAAAUUCAUCUCAUUCAUUCAUUCUUGAAAGAACACAAAAAACCCAUAAUUUUAUUUAUCUAUUGUGAUAAUAGUAUAAAAUAUAAUGCGGUCACCAAUGCACACUGAGGCCUGCAUUUUGGUGCUUGCUAUCUUCAUUUCCAAGUCAUCCGCAUCAUUCCAUACCAAGAGAUGGCUAUUGCCAUGAAGUUUCUGCUAGCUUAUCUCUUACCAAUUGUGUUUCCAUUAACCACUUCAACCAUCACAUCUGUAGUCUUGAAGGACCAAACUGAAUGUUUAACGUGCCAACCCCAACCCUUAACUCCAUCACCACCACCACCACCACCAAUCCCUGAAUGUCCUCCACCACCACCACCUCCUCUUCCAUCUCUUCCUGAUAGCUCGCCACCGCCUCCAGCGGGAGAAUGCCCUGCAUGCGAAAUUCCUGUUGCUCAAUAUGCUCCGCCGCCUCCUUUAUUAGAUCCAAUUCCACAUGCACCUAUUGUACCGUAUGGGCAAGGGCCCCCAGCUAGCGGUCAGUUUUAUGCGCCUCCUGGUCCAGGUUAUGGCAACAAUCCAAAUCCUUAUUUUCCCAAUUAUAAUCAACCAAUGAGUUCUUGUGCCUUUAACUUUGUUAAUUUCAAAUUUCAAAUGGCUGUUUUUUCAUUUAUCAUUUUUUAUUUAUCCAAAGCUUGAGCAUUAGAGAGAAUUGUGAGUUAGCAGAGUUGCGUAGAUGUUCUUGAUGAAAAUGAAGCCUGCAACUGGUCGUAUUUGCAUGUAUGCUGUCUAUAAAUACUGUAUUUUGACUUUCAUAAUUUGGAUAGUGAGGCCUAGUUCGAAUUGUUAGGCUGUUCAAA